AUGUCUGAAACAUAUUUUGUUGGUGUUGAUGUUGGUACAGGCAGCUGUCGAGCUGCGCUGGUCGAUUCAACUGGCCGUGUUCACAAAGUGCAAGUUAAAGAGACAAAAACAUGGAAUCCACUGCCGGAUCAUUACGAACAAUCAUCCGAUAAUAUUUGGAGGGGAAUCUGUGAAUGUGUGCAGACGGUAACUCAUGAUUGUCCAAAGGAGAAAAUCGCUGGUAUUGGUUUUGAUGCGACAUGUUCGCUGGUAGCCGUUGACAAAAAUGAUAAGCCAUUAACAGUGAGUACAACGGGUGAUAAUAAUCAGAAUAUAAUUUUGUGGAUGGAUCAUCGUGCUGGAAAAGAGGCAAGUCAAAUCAAUGACACAAAACAUGAGCUGUUGAAAUGUGUUGGAGGAAAAGUUUCAUUGGAAAUGGAGAUACCAAAAGUGUUGUGGUUGAAAUCGAAUCUGAAUGAGCAGUGUUGGUCGAAAGUGGGCAAACUUUUUGAUUUACCGGACUUUUUAACGUGGAAAUGCACAGGAGACGAUACACGAUCGUUGUGUUCAAUCGUUUGCAAAUGGAACUAUGAUGGAAUCAAUCAUACAUGGUCCCGUGAUUUCUUCGAGAAACUCGGCUUGACAGAUUUGUGUGAAAAUGAUUUUGCGAUUUUGGGUAAAAAUGUAACGACGCCUGGUGCUGCCAUUGGGCAAGGACUAAAUGAACAAGCUGCUCGAGAGUUGGGAUUGAAUGUUGGAACGCCGGUGGCGGGAUCGAUGAUUGAUGCUCAUGCCGGCGCUUUAUGUCUGCUAGGUUGUCAUGCUGAGGGUGUUAAUGAGUCGAUCUCAUCGAAAAUGGCUCUGAUUUGCGGCACUUCGUCAUGCCAUAUGUCGGUGGAAAAGGAAUUGAUUUGGGCUUGUGGCAUUUGGGGACCAUAUAAAGACGCUAUUUUCCCAGGAUUUUACCUGCACGAAGGUGGCCAAAGCACCACUGGUUUCCUUUUGGAUUACAUUGUCAAGAGCCAUCCCGCCUAUAAAGAAGCACUUGAAAACGCCAACAAAUUACAUGUCUUUGAAUAUCUCAACCAUCAACUAUUCCGAAUGGCUAAGGAGCAAAAAUUGAGCAGUGUACAUUUCUUAACGGAAGACUUCCACGUUUGGCCUGAUUUGCACGGAAAUCGAUCACCAUUGGCCGAUUCAACGAUCAAAGGCAUGAUUUGUGGUCUCACCAUGUCGUCAACCAUUGAUAAUUUAGCACUUACUUACCUUGGCUUUAUUCAAGCAUUAUCUUAUGGAACUCGGCAUAUUUUGGAUCAACUGAAAGAGAGUGGUCGAAAACCAUUCCAUUCGCUGUUGAUCUGUGGUGGAUUGCGAAAGAAUCAAUUGUUUGUGGAGACGCAUGCUGAAGCAUGUGCGUUGCCGGUGUUGGUGCCCGAUGAAGAAGAAAUGGUCCUCGUUGGAUCGGCGAUGUUGGGUGCCUGCUCAGCCAAAGUGUUCCCAUCUCUGGAAUCCGCCUCAAAGGGAAUGUCAAGCCGAUGUGCAGUGGUUCGACCGAAUCCAACGCUUCGCAACUAUCAUGAACGAAAAUACAAAGUGUUCCGAAUGAUGGUCGAAGAUCAAUUGAAAUAUAAAGAAAUCAUGUACUCAUCCUAAAUCCAGACGAUAUUCUCAUUCCAUUGCCAAAGUGUAAAUAAACUGGAAACAUGCGGAAAAACGUAAACAAAGUAGUCAGAAUAUUAAAAGCAAAACUUUUUUCAUA